AUGAGUUCAACGACUGAAAGCGCAUGGGCUAGUUUUGAUGAAGACCCUAAACCGCGGAACUAUAAUAGAAUUGUAAUUCCUGUAGGUCUUUUAUUAGCUGCAGGUGCGGUAGCUGGACCAUAUUUAUACAGAAAUUUAUAUAGAAUGCCGAUUAAUCAAACUGCCGUGGCUGAUAUUAUUCCAACAGGUCUGAAAAAAUCUACACUGUUUCAAGCAAUUAGCCAGCGCAUAAGGCGCCACGACCCACUCCCACGUAGUACGCCCGCAGUUAAUUAUUUAAAGAAUAGAAGAAAUUAA